CAGUGUCAGUGGAGUGGAGGUCAGUUCGGGAAGAGGAGAAUCCUACAUUCUGAAUUCUGACAGAGGAACUCGUCAUUCCGACGGCAGAUCCUGCGGUAAACGGUAACGAAAGUUUUCUAUAGUAAAGUACGUGGCGGUGGCAGUUGCAAAUUUAGUUGACUGGAAAUAGUUUAGAGCAUAUACUACUCUAAGUGAAAUAGUGUGCGUGAUAACCAAAGAACACAAGGAAAACGUGCGUACUAAUCACGUGCUAGUUGCCGAGCAAACGCGAGCAAGACAAUAUCAGUGUUCGAGUUUGUUUAAUUGUUGCAUUGUGUUAACAGCAGUGACAGUGCAUUCAGUGCAGAAUUGUUUAAGCAAUUAUUUGUAUUAAAUCGAUAUUAAAAUGUCGAAUUCUAAAGAAUUCUUCCUGUCGGUCACGCAACGUGUGUUCAGUAACUGGACGGCGUUAAAGAUGGCUGUAGAAUACGGAAUGGGUACAAAAGACAGGGCAGUAGAUUUCUGCCCUUACAUGACAGACGUUAUUUUCAUGAAUGAUGAUUUGAAGAGCAAGGACAUUGCCGACGUAUUAGAAGAUUACAUGGACGAUCAGUUUAAUACGGAGUUGGAGGACGGCAGUGCGAUCCAAGUUGCCGAGGAACUAUACAGAUUCUACCGAUACUGCGUCAGGAAAGAAGAGUCUGUAGCGUUGGAAGAAUUUUCGAAGCUAUCUCCACUGCAACCUUGGCUCCUCACGAACGAACCCGUGAAGAGUGCUCAGAAGUCUCAAGCGUUGAAAAACGACAGUUCCGACACCGAGGAGGAGGAGGAGGAGGAGGAAGCAGAGGCACCUGUUGCUAUGGAAGUAGACGAUGGAUGGACGGAAGUGAAAAGUCGACGGAAAAGAUAAUAAAAAUUUAUUUUACUCCUAA